GCGACAGGCUUGCGGUAACGUGUGGCCGCGAAGGAGUGGCUAGUUGAGUUUUUGGUGAAGUGUACUAGAUCUUUGGCCUCGGCAGGAAUGUGAACGGUGGUAAAACGAGGUUCGUGGUAACUCAAUACGCGUUCGUGGGUAACAGCGGGACCGUCCGACAACGAGAAAAAAGCGCGAGAUGGACGGUGAAACGGCAGGCCUGUCAAGCGCAGCUCGCGAAGCAGACGACGCAGCUCACGAAGCAGACGACACAGGUCGCAAUGUCGACAACAGACUGCGCGUACUCGAACUAUACAGCGGCAUCGGGGGCAUGCACUUCGCCUGCCGACCGGAGAGGACUUCAAUCGUCGCCGCGGUCGACGUGAACACCACGGCCAACUCGGUGUACGCCUUCAACUUCCCCGAGACGAGACUUCUGCAGCGCAACGUGCAGUCGCUGAGCGCCCGCGAGCUCGACUCGCUGCGACCCGACCUGGUGACGAUGAGCCCGCCGUGCCAGCCGUUCACGCGACAGGGCUUGCAAAGAGACUCCCAGGACCCGCGAUCGUCGUCGCUGUUCGCGUUUCUCAGCGUCCUGUCGACGCUGAAGCGCAAGCCGAAGUACAUACUGCUGGAAAACGUCAAGGGAUUCGAGACGUCUGCAACGCACUCGACGCUGACUCAGGUUCUUCAAGAUAACGGCUACCACAUCCAUCGUUACUUGUUGUCGCCCACUCAAUUCGGCGUCCCCAACUCGCGGCUGCGUUUCUACUGCCUCGCCAAGCUGCGUCCGGCACAGUUCAGGGACUGUCGCCAAGACGAAAACGGUGCCUGCUCCGGUGCGUGUCAGGAGAAGCCGCCACCCGGAUCGCCAGAAACCGUACCGCCGCAGAGCCUGUCGAGUUUUCUCAACCUCAACACCGAAGAUGAUUUGGCGGAUGAAGCGAGCUGUCUCCUCCCUGACAAGGUUCUCUCCAGAUUUUCCCUCCUUUUGGACAUCGUAGAGCCCACGUCGACCAACACGUGCUGCUUUACCAAGGGCUAUGGUCACUACGUCGAAGGCACAGGCUCUGUUCUGCUUCAGGCUCCCGUGCAUCACAUGCACGAAGUGUAUCGCGAAGUGCCACACAAGGAGGCGGUGUUGGAACACGUCUUGGAAAAGCUGCGGAAUCUGCGUCUGCGUUACUUCACGCCACGGGAAGUAGCUCGACUGAUGUGCUUUCCAGAGUGCUUUGCCUUCCCUCCAGAACUGAAGCCGAGGCACCAGUACCAGUUGUUGGGGAACAGCGUCAACGUUCGUGUCGUGCGUGCGCUACUGGACUAUCUGCUAGACGACGUUCCCGAAUCAUAGGACGGUUCACCAGAUUCUGUGACAGCACUGUAUAUAAAAAAGAUCACCGAUGCAGAAAUUUUGCUUCUUGUA